AUGUUCAAUUUGUCAUCGAGUUUUCAAGGAGGAACCAGAAGAAAAGAAAGAAAAACAGAAUGGCGAAUGUUCCACGCCAAGGACUUCCGAUCCCUGAUGCAUCCUUGCUUUACUUUGUGCCGUAUCUGUGGAAUAUUUCCGUAUAAAAUCAAUGCUACGAGUUUUGAAAUUUCAAAACCAUACCUCAUUCUGUUGAUUGUCACUAUCUGCUCUUGCUGCCUUUGUUCAUUGAUAAUGCAGCAAAAUUUCUUUAUUUCCGAUGAUUAUAUGAUAAUUGUACUUUACAAUCUUAUGCGUAUCUGUACCUUAGUGUUUGGCAAUUUCAUAAUAAUCGUCACGUUCAUUCUAACGGUUCCACGAAUGAGCUUGCUUCAGACUAUAAUGAAGAUUUCUUCAAGAUUGCCCUUGGAAUCAUAUGAGAAGUUAUCUAAACUGAUCCACGCUAAAGAUAUCAUUGGUUUCUUUUAUUCAGUUUACAUCAUAUUAACGCUUAUUAUAUUCAAAUCGCCAAUAAAUCGUUUGUUAGAAAUAUACAUCAUUAUAGCGAUAUUUCAGAUGGAUAUGCUGUACAUGAAUUGUGUUUGUGUAUUAAAAGCAUGUUUUACAAGCAUCAAUGACAAUCUGAUUAGUAUGAGAAUUUUCAUUGCAAAUAAUGAGUCAAGCGUUCAUAGAUUGAAUUAUCACAACCAUAGAAAUCCGUUUCUGAUUAUGGAACUUAAGGCUUUAAAAAAGCAACAUUUGACGAUCAGUGAUGCAGUACAGAUGUUAAACAUAGUCUUCAGUUUACAGCUUCUUGGUUCAGUAGCCAUAAUUUUAUUUACCAUCACUAUCUGUAUAUACUUACACAUAUUAGUAAUAUAUCAUGUAGUGAACACGAAUUUUUUGAUAAUUGUAUUAUAUCACGCGCUUUUUCUACUGUACUUGGGAUACUUUUUCAUAAAAAUACUAUUGAUAGUAUGGGCCUGCGAGACGGGUAGAGCUCAAGCUCAACAAAUCAGCAUUUCCAUUCAUGAUAUAUUUAACGUUACCACCGAUGAGAAAAUCAAAGAUGAGUUACAAAUAUUUUCUUUACAACUACUUCAUUGUGAUAAUACAUUUUCUGCAAAAUGUUUUACUAUAGACGCGAAGCUUCUUGCUGCGAUAGUAAGUAGCGUCAGCGUGUACCUAUUAAUAAUACUUCAAUUCAUGAAUAUAUCACAUUCUUGCGUGGAAAAGACAGCAAACAGUACAGGAAAAAUCAGUUUCAUUUCAAUCAGUAAUUGA